AUGCGCACGGUCUUCCAGAAUGCCAGAGUCUUCACUGGCGCACAGGGUCCAUCAUCGUACGGAAAGCAUUCAUGCAUGAUCAUCAACGACGACCUGAUUGAAUUUGUGGGCGACAGUUCCGAUGCUGCUGUGCAAGCGGCAACCACAGAGGGCGCCAAAGUCGUCGACCUGGACCACAGCCACACUCUCGCACCGGGCUUUAUCGACGGCCACAUGCACCUCCUGAUGUUCGGCACGUCGCUGCAGAAGAUCAGCCUGGAGCACUGUCGCACGCUGGCAGACAUACAGUCCACGAUCCAAGAAGCCGCCCGAGCAGCGGAUUCCUCGAAACGGCGCAUCCUGUGUCGGGGCUGGAUGCAUUUCAUGACCGAGGGACAGGCACUGGCCAGGGACUUGGACGGGCUCGACGAGCUGGACCGGCCCAUCUUCAUCGACUCGAAGGACUUGCAUUCCACGUGGUGCAACACGGCCGCUCUGAAGGAGAUGGGUGUGCAGCAGGACACGCCGGAUCCACCUGGCGGGGAGAUCCAACGCGACGAGCAGGGGAAUGCUACGGGGUUGCUGAGUGAAGCGGCAGCCAUCACGAUUGUGUGGCCGCAUCUCGCACAGGUGGCGUCCAUGGACGAAAAGCUCUCGGCCAUCCGCCAGGCCAUCACAACGUACAACUCCUGCGGCUAUACGGGGCUGGUGGAAAUGGCCAUGGACGAAAAUGCAUGGGCAGCCCUGCUCGAGCUGAGAUCCCAGGAGCAGGAGGAACUUAGCAUUCGCGUGGCGGCGCAUUGGCUGAUCUACCCAUCCAAGACGAACGAGGAGAACUUCCGCCAGGUCGAUCGUGCCAUUGAGCUGUGGAAGCAAUAUAACCUGCAGACAUCACCCAAUUUCCGAAUCGCGGGCGUCAAAGUCAUCGGCGACGGGGUGAUUGACGCGUGCACGGCGGCCCUCCUACAACCAUACUCGUCCAACGGAGUCUCGUGCGAUCCACUGUGGGAUCCAGACAUGCUCAAGAAGGUCGUCGAACGAGCCAAUGCCGCGGGGCUUCAAUGUGCACUGCACGCCAUCGGAGACGCGACGAUCAAGAUGGCCAUCGACGCCCUCGAACCCGUCGCUUCCAGUGGGCGACGCCAUCGCAUUGAGCACCUUGAGCUGACCUCGCCGGGAGACGCCAAACGGCUGAGCGAGGCGGGCAUCACUGCGUCGGUCCAAGCCGUGCACGCCGAUCCAGCCAUCCUGCGACAGUGGAACAAGCUGCUGGGCGAGCAGCGACGUGGCCGUGCCUUUGCCUACCGAGAAUUCCUGGACGAGGGCGUGCCUCUCGCGCUGGGCACCGACGCACCCACGGCGCCCAACCUGCCCCUGCCGAACCUCUACGUGGCCACGACACGCAGAUCAGCACGGGAACCGGCGUCGCAGGAGGUCGUCAACGAACACUUUGCCCUGCCGCUGUUGGGUGCCUUCUCAGCGGCCACACAGGGUGCGGCGCAUAGCUGCUUCAUGGACGAGAUCACGGGGAGGCUGGAGGUCGGCAUGAAGGCGGACUUUGUGGUCUUGGACAUGGAUUGGGCGCCGGAGACGCUGCUGCAGGCGAAGGUUCUGCAGACGUGGUUCAAUGGAAGACAGGUAUAUAUGGCUCCAUGA